UUACGCUCCUCCUCUACGACGUGUCCUUCCUUCCAGAGUACAGAAGUCCAUUUGGUCUCGAAUCAGUUUUAAGUGACUUUGGCCGUGUUCGUUGGGAAGAGAAGAGAAGAGGGGAAGAAGCCAAGGCGAAGGCUCCUCCUAUUAAAUACUCGUAAUAGAGAAGGAGAACGAAGUGAUCUCGGGGUUUGGUGGAUGGCGGGCGUGGAUUGGGAGUCGCUGACGGAGGCGACGUCCGGGGCGGUGGGGGCGCUGGUCAGCAGCACCGUGCUGUACCCCCUCGACACCUGCAAGACCAGAUACCAGGCCGAAGUCCGAUCCCACGGCCAGCAGAAGUACAGGAACCUUUCAGAUGUCUUGUGGGAAGCAAUUUCUACGCGCCGAGUUCUUUCCCUGUACCAAGGACUUGGGACCAAGAAUUUGCAAUCUUUCAUAUCUCAGUUUGUUUAUUUUUAUGGCUAUAGCUAUUUCAGACGUUUGUAUUUGGAAAGGAGUGGAGCCAAAUCUGUGGGAACAAAACCCAACUUGGUUGUGGCUGCUGCUGCCGGUGUUUGCACUGUUAUCAUAACACAGCCAUUAGAUACAGCAUCUUCUAGAAUGCAAACGAGUGCUUUUGGUAAAUCCAAGGGAUUGUUUAAAACUCUUUCAGAGGGUUCAUGGAGUGAUGCAUAUGAUGGCCUGGGAGUAUCUCUUCUGUUGACUUCGAAUCCUGCUAUUCAGUACACAGUAUUUGAUCAGCUGAAACGAAGACUUUUGAAGAGGAGACAAAGCAAUAAGAUUGCCCCAGCAACUGCAAAAUCUUCUCCAGAAGCUCUUUCAGCCUUCUCAGCUUUUGUGUUAGGUGCCAUUUCAAAGAGUGUGGCAACUAUCCUAACUUAUCCCGCAAUCAGGUGUAAAGUCAUGAUUCAGGCUUCUGAUUCACAUGAUGUCUCCAAUAAGGAUGGCCCAUCCGGACCACCCAAGACAAUUAUAGAUGCUUUACUUGCUAUAUGGAGAAAGGAAGGCAUUCCUGGUUUCUUCAAGGGGUUGCAGGCUCAGAUUCUGAAGACUGUUCUGAGCUCUGCAUUGCUGCUAAUGAUUAAGGAGAAAAUUUCAAGGUAUACUUGGAUCUCGAUGCUUGCUCUUCGAAGGUAUCUGUUGGUUUCUCAGAGGAGGAUAAAGAGCACAUAGAUAUACAUCCUUCUAUCUUGAAAAUAACAUGGCUGAUCAGUUUCCAAUAUCUAAGUAAGAUUUUUGUUGUCAAAGAAAUAGGUGUUAGAAAUGAGGCAGCCAACUGUUGUGAAAAUUUUCUCUCGAGAAAAAGAUGCAAAAAUUUAGUUGAAAUAUUUGGUUUACUUAUAUUUCUCAAACAAUGGCCUCUCAGUGAGGAUGUCACAUGAAUAAUCUUGAGGACAUUUGUUGGAUGUAAGGAGAAACUGAGUUGGGGCAUCAGAAGUGCUAAUGGUGUCUCUUGCUUUGGAAUGCCUUGAUUUCUGAGUUUAAUAUCUCUGAAACUGUGCUCUGUUAAGCAAAUGAGCUUGUGAUGACUGAAAUUUUGUGGCAAUCAACUUUGCUUCUUUUGUUCA